CCCCAUCCCCCCCUCUCUCCUCCACCCUCACUUCUUCACAACCCGAAGACCAAAAAUUACAAGAAAAAUAGAAUAUACAGAAAUUUUUCUAUCUGGGUUUAAGAUAUACUGAUAUAUACAGACGCUCACUCUCUUUUUUCUGUUAUUUUAUCUUUUUAGAAUUCUCUCUCUCUGUGGUUUUUGUAGUUUAUGGAUGCCGUUGACAUGGUUUCUUUCAUCACAGAGCUUCGUGAAGGGUUUGGCUGACACAUACCCAAUAUUACGAUUUCAGUUAGUCCAAAUCGGAAGAUUUUUGUCUUUUUAUGUGGAAAGCCAUUUCAUUUCUUAUUUAGAAACCUAAAAGGAGAAGAAGAAUGUACUUAUCAGGAAAGGGAGCUUCUUCUGGUGACAAAAAGCUUAGUGUUGCAAAGGCAACUUUGAAUCCCAAUGCCACAGAAUUUGUUCCUUUCGCUCUCAGGUCACCUACAACAAGCAUUAGCAGUUCAGAUGCAUCCUCAAAAUAUGCUACCAUCGCUGCUUCCGCUCCAGGAAAAGGUAUAUUAGAUAGGUCUGAGUCAUCAGUUUCAAAUAACUCUGAUGACGAAGCCCAACAGUACUGGCGCCUUCAGCUCCCAGAUGAUAUUACUCCCGACUUUAAGGUUAUGGGCAUAGAUGAUACACAAGGGAUCAAUAGCCUAUCAUUUUCAAGCUUGUCCUUGACUGAUAUUGAUGAAGGUUCAAGAUAUUCUCCUUCAACAGGCAGUGGGUUUAUGUUGAAGGAGCAGCAAGUGUUAUCACCUCGCCCUGCUAAUGACAAUAGUUUUGCUGAGAAGCUUAGAUAUCCUAUCUCAUCCUAUGGAGAAUAUCAAUCGCCUACAGGGUUUCAUCCUUCACUUGCUAAACCUUGGGACCAACAGAUUGUUGGCAGUGAUCAGCUUGUUGCAAGAGAAGGACUUGAUAGUGGAAAUCCAAGACAAGCUUUCUUAGGCGACUUGUCAAAUGAGCAAUUAUUGGUCGACAAUGCACAUGUGAACCCUCUUGAGAUUUUGGCUUCACAAUUUCCUGGUUUUGCUGCUGAAAGUCUUGCGGAGGUGUAUUUUGCCAAUGGAGGUGAUUUAAACUUAACAAUUGAGAUGCUUACUCAGCUUGAGCUUCAGGUUGAUGGAGGGUUAAAUCAGAAUUCAAAAGCCUUGUCUUCUCCAAACCUUAGUGCGAUGGAUUUUCCUGCCCUUUCUGUGAGAGAUAGUCAAAAUGACUUGGCAAAAUUUGCUGGUGAUGGUCUUCAUCAAAAUGGUAGUCCUUAUCGGUCUUCAGAAAAGCAAGGGGCAUUAUUCUUCAGAUCCAAUUCUUUCAUUCCAUCAAGUGGGGCUACGGAUUUUGCUUCAGCUGUAAGAAAAAUGGCAUCUCAAGAUUCCAGCAUGUGGAAGUAUGAGAGAAAUGGUUCCUCAGGCGCAAGCACUGGAUCAAGUAGGACUUCACAGGUCCUGGCAAGUUCAUAUAGCAGUGGCCAGAGUAGGGGUAUCUAUGCUGAUAAGUUGCAAAGUCGAGGAUCAACUCAUGCAUCUCCGAUGUGGCUUGAGACUGGAGAAGCAGUCGCAAAUAUGUACUCUGAAAUGCGGGAGGAAGCUCGUGAUCAUGCACGCGUACGUAAUGCAUACUUUGAGCAGGCACGGCAGGCAUACCUCAUUGGUAACAAAGCCUUAGCCAAGGAGUUGAGCCUUAAAGGACAGUUGCACAACAUGCAGAUGAAAGCAGCUCAUGGGAAGGCACAAGAAACUAUUUAUCGUCAGAGGAAUUCUGACAUUCAGACAAAUGGGAGAGAGAGAAUGAUUGACCUGCACGGUCUACAUGUGAGUGAAGCUAUUCAUGUGCUCAAGCGUGAGCUGGCAGUGAUGAAGAAUGCAGCCAGGUCAAUGGACCAAUGUUUGCUGGCUUACAUAUGUGUUGGGACUGGUCACCACACCAAGGGUUCUCGAACUCCUGCUCGACUCCCAACUGCCGUCCAGCGCUACCUGCUAGAGGAGGAGGGUCUUGACUACUCUGAGCCACAGCCGGGGCUCCUUCGAGUUCUCAUAUACUGAACCAGAAAGGUAUAGGAGAUUUUUGACAGUGCAUUAUCACUCAACCCAUGUGGAGGGGAGAAGAAAAGCGAAAAUGAAAAAAAAGAAAAAGGAAAAUAAAAAAAAAGGAAUGUUGUAUCUGUAAAUGGGGAAAAAUGGAGUAGGAUAACUCUGCAGAAGGGAAAAGGUAAAAGAAGAAAAAUAAAAUUAAAGGAUGUUGAAAGGUAAGAGGAAGGCAGCUGUCUGUACCAUUACUGUGUAGUUGGCCGAAGUCAUUUUGUAGCUGACAGCAAUUUGCAUCGGCCUCUUUUUGUAACUUUUGUACCGUUUUCUUUUGUUUAUUCUCUUUUAGAAAAUAUUAUGCAGAUGUAACUGAUAGAAUUCUUUCAGAUGAUAGCUCAAGUUUCUCCAAUUA